AUGGGUAAGUCUAAAAAAAGAUCAAGAGCUUCAAGAGCUCGUUUGAAUCCAUUAAAAAACGGAGCCGAUUCAUCUGCCAAAGAUGCUAACCUGGUUACAAAAAAGAUUCAACCGUUAUUAGCUCAAUUGCAAAGUGCUACACCAAAUGAUAGAAGUAUGGCUAUAAGUUCUAUCAGUGUGUUAUGUGAAGACCCACACAUGAGACAAUUAUUAUUAAAAGAAAAACUGAUCCAUAUCAUUUUAACGCAUUUAUUAAAUGACACAAAUAAAGAUAUAGUUAUCGAAGCAUACGGUUUAUUAAGAAACUUAACACUAGAAGAAGGUUAUGAUAUUUCUACAUAUCUUUGGAGAAAUAAAAUAUGGGUAAGUAUUAAAGACGGCUUCGAACAAAUUGUGUCAUCAUUGAAAACACUUCAACAAGAAAAUUCGACCAGCGCCGCAAAUAAAUCACAACAAGCAGCACAUAACCAAUCAAAGAGAUUACUCUUUGAUUAUGCAGAUAACUUAAUAUCGCUGUUGGUUUCUUUAACCAACAACUCAGAUAGUAUUUUAAGUGAGGUAUUAAGUGAAGAAAACCUGAAAGGUGUAUUUGAUCUUAUUUUAAAUUUUUUGAACUACGGGUUCACUGUUUUACCUACUGCAUUACAAAACACAAUUUUAGAUUUGAUUUAUGAUUUUAGUUCUGAAUCAUUGGAUUUCAUUGACGAACUAUUGAAGCAUGAACCUAUAAUCACUUUGAUCAGAAAUUUAAACGAAGAACCAUUAAAGAAUGAAUUAUCUCAAGUAUUAAUUCAAGGUAUUCUUUUACAAUUACUUGAAACCGAUGAAAAUAUCAGUCUUGAUUCUAACCAAUGUAUUAGCUUCUUCCAAGCUGUAAUCGAGGCCGUGAAGGAUAUUGAUUUGAAGCAAAUGAAUGAUGAGUUGAAUUACGUUAUAAAAGAUGAGGUGGAUAUUCCAAAAUUAAAGGAACAGGCUAAGAAGAGACAAAAUGCUAUGAUGCAAUUACAAGCUGUCGAGAUUGCUUUAGACGUCGUUGCUGGUAUUAUUGAAAUGAUCUCAUCGUUAAAUGUCGAAGUUUCCAGCAAUUUAUCAACUGUUCUUCUUGCUACUCUACCUCAAUUCUUGGAUGCAUUAUUACAAGAUUUUCCAGAUCGUGUGUUCAUUGCCUGGAACAACCUACUAUGGCUUAUUUCAGGAACUGAAGAAAACAUUGACAAUAGUAUUCUUAGAGAUUUGUGGAAUAAAGUAACGACAUAUGACGACAAGAACAAUGAAUCUAUAAAAAUGAGUAAAAUAAGUGUUAUGUGGGUUAUUUUGAAGAUUUGUGGUACUCAGGCGAAUAUCGAUCUGCUACAAGAGUUCAAUGUUUGGGAUAAUAUAGAAUUUGUGAAUACCAUAAUCCAACAAUAUAAUGAGGUUCAGGGUAUUGAUUUCAAACAGAGAUGUUGUGCUUUGUUGGCUACAGUUGCAUGUUACCAAACACAGAAUAUAAGCAUUAACGAAAGAGUAGGUGCAUUUCUGCUUCAUUUGUUAUCAUCUAAAGAUACACCUGUAGACAUUCUAAUUGAGGCUUUGAGCUCCUUAUUCGAAAUAUAUUCCGAUGGUGAUUUUACAUACGACGUUCCUGUUUUUGUAAAUGGGAAUUAUUUGUCUGCUUUGGAAGAAAAAGUGGUUCCAAACUUGAAGGAUGUCUUUAAAAUGGUUGACAAGAAUAAAAAUCCUGCACAGAAGGAAAAAUGCACCGAAAUGUUUAGUACUCUACAAAGUUUCAUCCACUAUAAAGCCAAUGAAAGAUCAUAA